AUGGGUAUCCAGUCAGAUAUGUCCAACGGCGCGUUCGAUCCGCUUGUUCGCCCUCGGCCCGAUGGCCUCCAGUUAAGCUAUCAUUUCCCACAUCGUGUAUAUGAUUCUAAAGUUUAUCCAAUACAAAGUCCCAACGGAUCCACCGUGAUAAUAUACGGCCAUGACUUUGGCAUCAGAAUACUCUGGCGAGGAGGCAAGAACUUCAAGAAGCAGAAGGCUCAACAGAAUGGCCCGGAAGCUAAAGCACCUGUCAAUGGCGUGGACAACAGCGACUCAAUUAUGAUCAUCGACUCGGAUGACGAGGAACCCGCUCCUACUCCCCAGCCGGAAAUCGCACUUCCAGAGUUCGAGGAUGAUGAGGAAGAAAUAGACCCUUCGCGGCCAUUUAAGAACAUUAUUCAGUAUCUCGACGUCAAGCUAGAUACGAAGGUUUUGGGUAUUACGGUACCCAGUAUUCUACCCGGGGCAGCACGAUUCCUCGGCUCGAUAUCGCCUAUUUUAUCCAACAUGAUAGUGGUCACCGCCAUCUUGUGCAACCUGGGUGCAGAUUUCUGGAAACCACAAAUUAUCAGUCUCGGAGAGGGAUCCGUCCAAGGUCUUCCUGCCACAGCUGCCUUAACAUUCACGUGCCAAAGCCCGAAAGAUGAAGAUGGUAGUCGUCGGUCUCAAAGCCGUGGUCGUACCAUACAAGAUACUUCACCCUCUGCCGAAAAGUGGGAAAUUCUUGUAGCUGUUCAUACAUCAGAUCUAUCAGGCAAACUUUCCGUAUACCGUAUCCCUUUCAAUGGAGAAAUAACACAGGGGAAGAUAUACAACCUCUCAACAGAGCCGCAGUUCCCAGUCCGCCAACAAUUUCUCAAAUCGCCGGCUAGCAGCAUAUCAUUUUCUCCUUGCCAAUACCCUUCAGAUCGCCAUUCCCAACUACUUCUGUCAUUUACAAAUGGCUCUGUCAAAGUUUAUUCCUGUCUUUCUACACCGCAUGCAUCCACUAUUGAUAGGAAACGUUCUGGGACAAACGCAGAAACGAACGAUGUAACUGGGAAGUGGCUUGUCACCUUGUAUACCGACUUCGACCAAUUACCUGGAGAAGUUCCUCGACGCAAGGGAAUAGUCGACGCAAAAUGGGCGCUUGGUGGUAAAGGCGUCUUCGCAUUACUCUCUAAUGGCGAAUGGGGAGUCUGGGACAUUGACAGUUCUCAAGGCGAUAGUGCCACCCAGCAAGGCAGGUCAACAAGUUCACUCAGCUCAUUCGCAAUAACUGGGCGUAUGGUGCAGUCUGAACGCCCUGCGCGAUCUCAAGGCCAUGCUGACACAGAAUCAAAACCCGCUCAAUUCGCUCCCUUAACUCCGUCUACACGUCGCAUCCGAGAGGAGGCGUUGUUCAAAGGCCUACCAAAUUCCGCAACUCAACACGCAACCAGGGGCGCAAUCUGCAUAAUACCAUCAAACCAAACCUGGGAUCAGCCGGCGGAUGAAUCAGUGCUUCUCUGGCACGGAGCUCGUAAUGCAUACAUUCCCAGCCUUGCUAGCCUCCGAAAAAAUAAUGGCAAACAGGGGCUAUUCAGCAACAACCAAGCUGGGCCAAAGCCAACUUUGAUCGAACACAUCAAUCUACUUGGCGAGGUUCAAAAGGGAAUACAAUUCCUAUCACUUCCUACCCCUGCAAACCAGUUUCAUCAAACUCCGAUACCAACCAUCCUCAUCCCAGCGGAGCACAGACUUAUCAUCCUUGCAGAGAACCUUUUGGACUCCGCAGAAGCCAGGCAGAAAGCCGGGCUACAAGGUGAGGCUCCCAUGGCCCAAGAAAACGACCAGACCAUGCUUCAGCGAGGAGAACUGGAUAUAACUGGCAUGGGCCGUGUCUUGGCCGGUAUGGCCGCAGGCAGCGAGGCAUCAUUUGGUCGAGGGGGUAUGCAAGGCAGCAGCUUAUUUUCUUAG